GAUGUUAUAUCCUAUACCUAUCAGAUCAAAUAAUGGCCAGUGACAAGUACAGGUCCUUCCUAACCAAUGAAGAAAACGUCCAGUGGAGGCACGGCGCUCCUCCCGUCUAUGACGCCGUUAACGUCCUCUUUGAAGAAGGAAGAACCCAGGUAUGGGAAGAAGGAUCAUUAGAAGAGACGGUUCAAAACGCUGUUAAAUCAUGGGAGAUGGAGUUCUCUCACAAGAUUCGCAUCCAAGAUUUCAGAACUAUCAAUCCCGAGAAAUUCAAGCUCUUCAUUAAUGGGAGAGAGGGAUUGUCAGCUGAAGAAUUGUUAGAGGUUGGGAGUUACAAUGCAUUGCUGCAGACUUCAUUGCCAGAACAGUUAAAGUUCUACAAGGCAGAGGAGGAGAGUUUUGAGUCAUCUCAUGAUGCAUUUCGAUCGGCGUUCCCUCGCGGGUUUGCGUGGGAGGUCAGUGCUGUAUACUCAGGGCCCCCUGUGGUUGCUUUCAAGUUCAGGCAUUGGGGUUAUUUCGAAGAUCUUUCAAAGGUCAUUCCCCUACUGGAGAGUUGCUUCAAUUUUAUGGGGUUGGAAUCAUGAAGGUUGAUGAAUCUUUGAGGGUGGAAGAAAUUGAGAUAUAUUAUGACCCAACAGAACUUUUCGGUGGGCUUUUGAAAGGAACACAAGUAUCAAGUUCAAGAGUUGAGAAGUGUCCAUUUCACAAGUAAAAGGGUUUGGUUGUCCCACUAAUUAAACCAAAUUCUCGUAUGCUACUCAAUAUGUGUUUCUCUCGCCCCGUGUUGUUAUCAAAUUUUACAAAUGUUUAACCUAAUGUUUGGAAUUACAUGUCUUCUAUGCAAAGAACCUAUUUUUAAGAACUAUACUAUGUGCUUUGUGUUCUGUUGGCGUAUAUUGUAUACAAAUGGGCUUAGACUUAGUCAAUAGGUCUAGGUUGUAGCUAUGUUUUUUGCACACAUGUACCUAUGUAUUCAGUUAAGUUUUCAUUU